AGUAUCAAUACAAUAUGUUCAUAUCUAACUAGUAUGCAAUACAAUUCUCUCUCUCUCUCUCUCUCUCUCUCUCUCUCACUCACUCACAAAAAUGGAUGUCUUAAUUUUUAGGUCUCUCUAUAUUAAGACCUUGUAACUGUAAAAUAGUGCUAUAUCUAUUUCUAUACAUAAGCACAAAGCAUUUAUUGUUGUUACAACACAUUUACAACAAACUUCAUCUUUCUUGCAGUUAAACCAAACUUUGAUAACUACAAUACUAAUUUUGUACUUGCAUUAUAUUUCUUUGCACAUGAAUCACCUAAAUCCAAAAUCAUAUCCAUCUGAAAAUUUGAACUUUCCAUACCUAGAAACUUCUAUGGAUACAAAACACAAAAAUGAAUCAUCUCCUCAACUUGUACUUGAUCUAAGUCUCUCUUGCAAAGAUUCUUGUGAUGAUGAAUCAAAGCAAGAACUCAACCUUCUUAAUUGUUUCCAUGCAAAUUUAUCUGAAAGCUCCUCGGAAUCUAGUCUUGAUCCAAAUGAACUUGAUCCAAGAGUUUUCUCAUGCAACUAUUGUCAGAGAAAAUUUUAUAGUUCUCAAGCACUCGGAGGACACCAGAAUGCACAUAAGCGCGAAAGAACUUUAGCACGAAGAGGCUAUACAACUAGCAUGCCUUCUUCUAUGUCUUCUUAUGGCUUAUGCAACAAAUCACUUGGCAUUCAAGUGCAUUCUAUGAUUAACAAACCUUCUUACCAAAAACCCUUUUUUGGAUUUUGUUCAAAUGGCCAAAAUGGUUGGAAAAGACAGAAUUUUGAUUCACAACCAGCAAUUAGAAAACUUCCAUCUGGAAAUUUUCAUGUGAGGAAUGAAACUGAACCUUCCUUUGGUAGUAGCAUUUCAAAGGUAGCAAUGUUUCCUAAAGGGUUGGUGAAUGAAGGAUUUGGAAGUUACUUAUUGGAUAAAAGCACUUCUCAUUUGAAGUCUAAACAAGAGAAGUUGAAGAAUCUUGACUUAUCUCUUAAGCUCUAAGUAGUUUCAUAACACUGUUUAUUUUCAUCAUUGGCCAAAGAUCUUCCAACUUUUUUUCUUCUUUUAUAUAUCCUCAUGUAUCUCUUCUUUUAUCCUCAUAAUUAACACAGUUCAUGUUUUGCUAUUAUAUAUUUUCUUUAUGUUAUGUCAUAAAAAUAAAUGUU